AGUGGCACGGCGGGGUGUGACUGUGAGCGAUUUUGCAGCAGGUUCCAUAAUUUCGGUGUGAAGCCCAAGGUCGUCCCUGCUCGAUUACCAUUUGACCAUGUGGAAAACGGCUGCCUCUAUCGCUACCAGACACUGCCGUCGAUCUUUACCAGCUUUCAAGGCUGUCGCUUUAGUCUGCCCAACGCAGUCGCGCUUGUCUGUUCUCCCUACCACUUUUGCUUGUUUCCGAAAGGCGCCACAAUCGUUUUUCUCCACAAGCCAGGCGAGAUGGAAUGUCCAAUACUCUAUUUCUGAAUUGACACCCGAUAACUAUCACCGCAUUUCCGAUCGCACCAUGGAUCGCAUGGUGGAAGUGUUGGAAGACAUUGGCGACGAAACCGAUAUCGAUGGUUUUGACUUGGAGUAUUCACAAGGAGUCAUGACACUGAAGCUCGGUGAACACGGUACCUAUGUCAUUAACAAGCAACCUCCAAAUCAACAAAUUUGGUUGUCAUCACCAAAGAGCGGACCCAAACGUUACGACUAUGAUGCUCAACAUAAACGCUGGUUCUAUCAUCGAGAUAACCAUACGCUGGACGAGUUAUUGAAGGAGGAGCUAAGCGAGAUUUUGAAUAGAGAUCUGAAUCUUCUAGAGGACUUGGAUGUGUAAAAACAAAAAUAAAAUAAAGAUAGCACUAGACAACU